UUUACCUGCUAUGAUAGAUGAAAGAUAUCCCAAGUAGGUGUGUCUGAAGCACGUGUCCAAAUGACGUCACGACUGAGGGACCCGCCCUUCCUCUAGGGAUAGCCGUGUUCCUGAAAUUCCGGUGUACAUACACAUCCAUCAGAUUUGAAGAAUAUCAGACUACAGAACGAGGUGAAUAUUCAGAGCCGGUGUUUCAGAUGCGCAGAUCUCUUCCAAGUCGUGACACUUUAUACACGUUAAAUGUGGACCAUUUUUUUUCUUCUCUUUCGCUGGUGGUAGACAAGAGGUGGCGGCUUCGGAAGUUUUUCCUUCAUUUAGAUAAAGUUUGAGAAUUUGAAUGCGUUAGAUUGGUUUGAAAGUAAAUGCACUGUGUGUUCCGACUGGAUUAUUAAUGGCCAAUUCGAAGCUACCUUCCAUCAUUAUCCAAGUUAUCACUUUCAUCGGGUGGUUUGGUGUUCUCAUAUCCUCAGGCAGUGGAAGGGGUGAAGUGUGCCAUUUAAGACCAGUAAUCCAUGUACUCCAACAGCCGGGAUGCAUACCAAAACCUAUACCAUCAUUUGCUUGUCAAGGUAGCUGUUCGUCUUAUGUGCAGGUGUCCGGUUCUAAAUUUUGGCAAGUGGAGCGAUCGUGCAUGUGCUGUCAAGAAAUGGGGGAGCGUGAAGCCAGCAUAGGAAUUUUCUGUCCUAAAACGACACCGAGGUUCAGGAAGAUAGUGACACGAGCUCCGGUGGAAUGCAUGUGCCGUCCAUGCACGGCCGUGGACGAGGCUUCGAUUCAACCUCAAGAGACGGCCAUGUUGAAGGUGAGAGAUGACCCUUUGGCAGGAUUGGUCAAUGACUUACCUGUCUUAGAAGAAUAUCACCUCAUGAACCAGAUGGAGAUGGGAAAAGAUAUGCCUGUUAUAUAAAGAUACAUAACUAAUUUUUUUUCAAAAGUAAAAUUCCUUUGGAAAUUUGUUUCAAGCACUGUACUAUAAAAUAUUAAGAUUUACAGAAAAAAAGAAUGUGUAUGUAUAGAGGGUGUCCUCGAAAGUUCAAAACUUUUCAUUGCA